UUGACGCUGAGCAACCUUGAUGUGACAGUUAUUACAAGAUGGUGAAACACUCUCUACUGAUCAACAAAUAUGAAGGACAAUAACAUUAUGUUAAAAAGAAAAUGGAAUGGGCAUAUGCUCACAGAAUGAAUGAGCUAGACCAAAUAACUCAAUUGUGAUCAACAUCUUCAAGAAUAUCCAGUCCAGGGAGACACAACUACCUACAGGAAUCAUACAAACCAAAGUAUAAAAUCUGCACAAACUGACACACGGAUCGUAGUCUCAUCACAAUGAUUCAAGAGUACAUUAUCGCCACCCAUGACGAUGGUCCUGUAUCGGUGGAGAACUACACGUGGCAGCCGCCAACCCCAGUCGAACGCACUGAGGGCGCCAUCUUGAUCAUGGUGGCAGUCAUAGGCGGCCUUGGCAAUCUGGUAACAAUAGCAGCCAUCUUUGUAAUUCGUAGUUUCCGAAAGUCCUCCUCCGCUUUUCUCUGCCAUCACUGCUUGCUGGACAUAAUCAAGUCGUUGAUGUGUAUUCCAUUUGGUUACAGCUUGCUAAUGAACACACAUGUGAAAUACUGUAACACUUUGGGGGCCUCGUACAUCUUCCUGAUGACGCUCACUGCCUACAACCUUCUCGCCAUCCUCAUCAACGAGGAGUACCAGUUGCAGGAGGGCAAACGCCAAUCAAGGGGAGACUACUGCUGUAUCAUCUUCGGGCUCUUCAUGAUCUGGUUCACCACCAUCCUCCUCCAUCUUGGCGUCGUGUUCAUCCCCGGUACCACCGAGUACAACAACGACAUCGGCAGCUGUGUCUUCCUCUACGGCAAACCCAGCAACUACGUCAUCCACGUUCUGUGGGUGCUGUUGGUGUCAGGAGCCUUGAUGGUGUCUGUUAUCAGUUUUGUGCAGUUUUAUCGCAAGUUACAUUCUCAGUCUAAAUGUCACAGAUGGACACUAAUCCAUCAGACGGUUUCCAUGGAAAUGAAUGCAACUGAUUCCUCAGAUGAUGAAUAUCACAUAGAAUUUGACGACAUUGCCAAAAAGAAAGCUUUAAAGAAUUUGAAGAUCUACAUGCGUCGAGUCGUCAUGAUGGUUAUGAUGGUGGGGUCGUACACCCUGUUCUGGUAUCCGUUGUUUCUCCUCACACUGUUCGACAUCCACUACUCCCAGCCGGCCUACGUGUACCGAUACCUCACCAUCUUCGCAUGGACCCACCCUCUCACAACUCCCGUCUUCUGCGGCAUGAUAUUAUACGACCUUUUUCAACGUCAGACUCUCACGCGCGAGGUUUACAGCAACUCUCUGCCCUUGAAGACGUCCAGAUCUAAAGAAGCGCUCCGACACAAGCUACAUCAGAAGUACAAAGCAUACGACACAGGAUUCAUGAACGAGAACUUUGAGUCAACGCCUUCCCAUCAGCCACUGCGAGGCGGCACCACGAACGAUGAUCCUGAUGGAAGUGACAACGAGAGAUUCGCAUCGUCUGAGCAACCGCUUACAUUAAACUACGAGGGAUCCACACUGAUAUUGUGAGAGGUGCGGCUGCAGUCAGUCAACAAAUACUAACAUUCCUUCAAUAUGGAACAGUCAAACCUGGAUGUCUUGGCGACAAUCAUUACAUCUGUGGCAGUCAGUAAACAAAUACUAACAUUCCUUCUCUAUGGAACAACGACAGUGAAACCUGGAUGUCUUGGCGACAAUCUAUACAUCUGUGGCAGUCAGUCAACAAAUACUAACAUUCCUUCAAUAUGGAACAGUGAAAUCUGGAUGUCUUGGCGACAAUCUAUACAUCUGUGGCAGUCAGUAAACAAUACUAACAUUCCUUCACUAUGGAACGACAGUGAAACCUGGAUGUCUUAGCGACAAUCGAUACAUCUGUUGCAGUCAGUAAACAAAUACUAACAUUCCUUCAUUAUGGAACGACAGUGAAACCUGGAUGUCUUGGCGACAAUCUAUACAUCUGUCGCAGUCAGUAAACAAAUACUAACAGUCCUUCACUAUGGAACACAACGACAGUGAAAGGUGAUGUCUUGGCGACAAUCUAUACAUCUGUGGUAGUCAGUAAACAAAACUAACAUUCUUUCACUAUGGAACAACGACAGUGAAACCUGGAUGUCUUUGGGACAAUAAAAUGCAUCUGUUGCAGUCAAUAAACAAUACUAACCUUCAUCCACUAUGGAACACAACGACAGUGAAAUCUGGAUGUCUUGAGGACAAUCUAUACAUCUGUUGCAGUCAGUAAACAAAACUAGCAUUCCUUCAUUAGGGAACCACAGUGAAACCUGGAUGUCUUGGCGACAAUCUAUACAUCUGUGGCAGUCAGUAAACAAAUACUAACAUUCCUUCACUAUGGAACGACAGUGAAACCUGGAUGUCUUGGCGACAAUCGAUACAUCUGUUGCAGUCAGUAAACAAAUACUAACAUUCCUUCAUUAUGGAACGACAGUGAAACCUGGAUGUCUUGGCGACAAUCUAUACAUCUGUGGCAGUCAGUAAACAAAUACUAACAUUCCUUCACUAUGGAACACAACGACAGUGAAAGGUGAAUGUCUUGGAGACAAUCUAUACAUCUGUGGCAGUCAGUAAACAAAUACUAACAUUCCUUCAUUAUGGAAUGACAGUGAAACCUGGAUGUCUUGGCGACAAUCUAUACAUCUGUUGCAGUCAGUAAACAAAUACUAACAUUCCUUCAUUAUGGAACGACAGUGAAACCUGGAUGUCUUGGCGACAAUCUAUACAUCUGUUGCAGUCAGUAAACAAAUACUAACAUUCCUUCACUAUGGAACACAACGACAGUGAAAGGUGAUGUCUUGGCGACAAUCUAUACAUCUGUGGUAGUCAGUAAACAAAACUAACAUUCUUUCACUAUGGAACAACGACAGUGAAACCUGGAUGUCUUUGGGACAAUAAAAUGCAUCUGUUGCAGUCAAUAAACAAUACUAACCUUCAUCCACUAUGGAACACAACGACAGUGAAAUCUGGAUGUCUUGAGGACAAUCUAUACAUCUGUUGCAGUCAGUAAACAAAACUAGCAUUCCUUCAUUAGGGAACCACAGUGAAACCUGGAUGUCUUGGCGACAAUCUAUACAUCUGUGGCAGUCAGUAAACAAAACUAGCAUUCCUUCACUAGGGAACGACAGUGAAACCUGGAUGUCUUGGCGACAAUCUAUACAUCUGUGGCAGUCAGUCAACAAAUACUAACAUUCCUUCACUAUGGAACAACGACAGUGAAAGCUGGAUGUUUUGAGGACAAUCUAUACAUCUGUUGCAGUCAGUAAACAAAUAUGAACAUUCCUUCACUAUGGAACAGCGAUAGUGAAAGCUGAAUGUCUUGGGGACAAUCUAUACAUAUCAAAGAACCUGUUGUUGUUGUUGUUGUUGUUGUUGGGGCCUGUCUAGGGGAUUGAGAUAGAAACUGUAAACCAAUGCUGGUUGUAAGAGGGGUUGUAAUGGACAGGGUGGUCAUUGAGGUUGAUUGUGUGUCACUGCACCAAGAUUAAUAUCAAUACAAUAUCAAUCACUAGAUUGUCUAGUCCAGUACUGAUUAUUUACAUGUCAUAUAAGCUGGAAUGUUGCUGAGUGUUGCACUUAACAACACACAAAGAAACAAUGCCACAGAUUGUGCAGGGAAGCUACAGUUUCAUUGACUUCCAACAAAUGGAAGGAGCAAAAAAGGACGGCUUGUCGGAUAAAAAACAUCCCUGGCUUCUGUUACCCACAGCCAGUUGGGACAAUAGACACGAUAAGCCAGUGUUGAUGCAUUGGUUAUACACAGGCACCAUGUCCUGGACAUUUCACUGGUGUCAAACCAACAGCCAGUUGGGACAAUGGACACGAUAAGCCAGUGUUGAUGCAUUGGCUAUACACAGGCACCAAGUCCUGGACAUUUCACUGGUGUCAAACCCACAGCCAGUUGGGACAACGGACACGAUAAGCCAGUGUUGAUGCAUUGGCUAUACACAGGCACCAAGUCCUGGACAUUUCACUGGUGUCAAACCCACAGCCAGUUGGGACAACGGACACGAUAAGCCAGUGUUGAUGCAUUGGCUAUACACAGGCACCAAGUCCUGGACAUUUCACUGGUGUCAAACCUACAGCCAGUUGGGACAACGGACACGAUAAGCCAGUGUUGAUGCAUUGGCUAUACACAGGCACCAAGUCCUGGACAUUUCACUGGUGUCAAACCCACAGCCAGUUGGGACAACGGACACGAUAAGCCAGUGUUGAUGCAUUGGCUAUACACAGGCACCAUGUCCUGGACAUUUCACUGGUGUCAAACCCACAGCCAGUUGGGACAACAGACUCGAUAAGCCUGUGUUGAUGCAUUGGCCAUACACAGACACCAUGUCCUGGACAUUUCAGUGGUGUCAACAUAGUGUGAUCAGCAAACACACACACACAGGAUGGCUGCACCACAAGACAGUGUGCGACUCCUGUGUGUCCCCUUGUACCAGAGACAUUCACAUAUCAUCAUGGGAAGACUAAUGUGGCCUGUCAGAAGCCAUACAUCCUAUCUGACACCUUGUAAGGUAUUAUCUGUAAGCAGCCCGUUGUGGUUAUUCAACAACAUGGCUGCCAUUGUUGCCUGAUCAGCAGGUGUUGUAGCUGACAUGAAUAAAAGUAUUAUAUUAGAAAUCA